UACCCUGAACAGGGCAUAUUAAGUUUGCCACGAAGUUUGUAAUACUCAGAAAGUGACGUCGGCGACCUGCUUACCAGCAGCUCUCUCGCAAAAAUACAAAUAAAUUACCAAACUGCCAUUCCUUACCUCCUCUUUAAGCAAACAUGCAAAUCUGUAUGUGCGUGCUGCCCAGCAACAUUGUUGCAGCAGUUUGUUGUUGCUACUCAUCGAAGCCAUUGGCAAUAUUUACAAAUUUGAAAUUUAUUAUUAUGAAUGAAAUUGUUUACGCACCUGCGCACUCCACACGCCAGCUAUGCUGCCACGACCAGUAGCCGGCAUCGGCAUGUGUCACGAAUCCAUUGCCUGCGUCUCAGCUGGACCGUUGGUGGAAAACUCCAAAAUAAUCGCAACACGCUUUUCCAUACACAGUUUCGCGCUAUUGGCGCCAGUUGCCGCGGAGGCAUUCAUCAAUGCACUUCUUUCACGGUGAUGAGCCGGUUCCGCGCGUGCCAAGAGCGAAAAUAAGCGUAAAAGCGAAACGAUUGUGUCUCACACAGCCAAAAUUUGUGUUAUAACGGUUCUGAGUUUAUGAAAUAAAAACAUAAAAAAUUGCUGAAGCGUGUGUAUAAAAUUUGCUAAAAAGUGCUAUGCGGAAUUUUCAAAAUUAAUUUUGAAUAUUUUUGAGCAAUUGCCAAUUUUUGUGCGUGUGCAUGUAUGAACAUGUCGCUUCUAUUAAUACUAUUUACUUUCGACACUUGAAAAAAAUUAUUAAAAAUUGCAAAAUAACAACAAAAAAAUAUAAAAAUAAAACAAUUUAAGUGAAUAAAUCGCCAAGCCGUAUUUUUGGUGAGCAGUACACAUACAUAUGUAUGUACGUACAUAUUUGAUUUUUGUUUGUUGAAUUGGCGGCAAGCGUGCGUUGUGCUAAAAUUGAUUAUAAAUUCUAUAAAUUCUUGGUCACAAAUAUAAAUUUCAUCAAGCUUGUAAAUCAAAAGUGAAUGCUUACAUACACAUAUACAUACAUAUGGAAUAAUGAGCGGAAUUUAGUGUAAAGUUCAAGUGCGCUGUGUUAAUUGAUAUUUUAAGCAUUCAAUUGGAUUAAAUCAGCAGCAAACGACCCAACUAAAAGUAAUGCUGUGAAAGCAACACAUUAAUGGCCAUUACACAUACACACGCACACUCAUGAGUUACAAGUGCGUGGCAAAACAUUUGCGCAAAAUAAAUAAAUUGUAACAGCACAAAAGCCAACCAAGCAAAAAAAACCUCCACGGCAUGAACAGGACAACGACAGACAAACAACGCAACAACAAAUUAAGUAAAGCAACGCCAAAGCAACACAGCGAAGUGCUACUUGACGCCCAACGCCACAAAACACAGCUGGAGGCGGAAUAAAGCAAAACGCAUAUAAACAAACAAAAUAAAAAUAGAAAUUAAACCGCUAAAACAACAACAGCACAAUGCAAAAUUUACUAUUUUAUGGCGCUGCGAGUGCCGCCAUAGCAGUGGCCACACUGACACAUAGCGGCGUGGCGAGCUUAAGCCACGACUCGAACGUUAUAUGGAAUAACAACAAUAGCAAUGGACUACAGCAAGCGCUAAUGGCAGAAGCAAAAACAAGUUACAGCGCUGCCACCACAAAUAACACAUUGUCAUUGUGGGAAUUGACAACGCGCGCUACAACUGCGGCCACGGCGAUAGCGGGCAUUGGCAGCGGCAGCAGCUUGACACGCAGCAGUUUGGUGGAUGAGGGCGGUGGAUAUGGCGACGGAAAUCAAGAAGUUAGCGGCGAUGGUGGAGUCGUCGCGUAUGUUGACAGCUUAAUGCAAGCCUUAAGCACUAGCGCUAGCUUUAUGUAUAACAACAACAACAACAAUAGUAGCAACAACAGCAACAUGAGUAGCAGCAGCAGCAACGUUACAGCGGUCAACGAAACGCCAUUUGUACCGUAUGUCAUGCGACCGGAAACGUACAUCGUGCCAGUGCUAUUUGCGCUUAUCUUCAUUGUGGGCGUGUUGGGCAAUGGCACACUGAUUGUGGUCUUCCUCGGCGUGCGACAGAUGCGCAAUGUGCCGAAUACCUACAUACUAUCGCUGGCAAUUGCCGAUCUGCUGCUCAUCCUCACCACCGUGCCGUUAACAUCCACUGUCUACACGGUGGACUCGUGGCCAUGGGGCAGCUUCCUCUGUACAUUGUCGGAAUUUAUUAAAGACGUGUCGAUUGGCGUUUCCGUUUUCACACUAACUGCACUCUCCGGAGACCGGUACUUUGCCAUAGUGGACCCAUUAAGAAAAUUCCAUGCACACGGCGGCGGCAAACGUGCCACACGCAUGACCAUCGCUAUUGCCGUGUCCAUUUGGCUGUUGGCGAUACUCUGCGCCAUGCCCGCGCUCAUCGGCACCAAUGUGAAGCAAGUGGAAAUCAAUAGCAACAAAUCAUUCGCACUUUGCUACCCCUUUCCGCAGAAGUGGGGCGUUGAGUACGCUAAAACGAUGGUCUUAAUGCGCUUUUUAGUCUACUACGCCAUUCCAUUGUGUAUAAUCGGCGCCUUUUACGUGUUGAUCGCGCGGCAUUUGAUGUACGCGGCGAGCGUGCCGGGUGAAAUGCAGGGCGCCAUGCGACAGGUGCGUGCUCGUCGAAAGGUAGCCGUAACGGUACUAGCAUUUGUGGUCAUAUUCGGAAUUUGCUUUAUGCCCUAUCACAUCUUCAUGCUUUGGUUCUAUUACUGGCCGACCGCACAGGAUGACUACAACUCCUUCUGGCAUGUUUUACGCAUCGUCGGCUUCUGCUUAUCCUUUGCCAACAGCUGCGCCAAUCCGGUGGCAUUGUAUUUUGUUAGCGGCGCCUUCCGCAAACAUUUCAAUAGAUACUUGUUUUGUCAAGGGUCUGGCGUGCGCCUCAAAAAACGACACCCACACAACGAUACGCUCUGCAUGCAUCGGGACGCAUCGCUCACUAGCACCGCAUCGAAGCGCUACUAUUCAUCGACGCGACGCUCUACAUGCCAUCAUCACAGCACCGUUCGAAGUCGUUUGCAAGAGACCACCAUCACCAUUAUGGCGAAUGGCAGUCAAAAUGGUGGACCGCUCACCGAUGUCUCCGAUGUUGCUUUGGCCAGUGAAUUUUGCGAUCACACAACGCACUACCAACAUCAACAACACCAACAACAACCGUUGCAACAGUCUUCACAACAGCAACAACAAUAUCAACGUCAAUUGUCAUUUAUGUGAGGUAGCCAGUGGGAGGUUGACAACCAGUCACCGAAAGCAGCAACUACAACAACAGCGUUCAUUCCUAUGCAUACAGAUGAAGAAUUUGCAACAGCAAGCACAACCACAAUAACAGCAGUACCCGCAGCAGCAACAUUAACAAAAGCAAGUGCUGCAACGCUGACAAGGUCAACGCGGACGGAAAGUUCGAGUAUCGAGUUGCGCGAUUUAACUGCGUUGAAAGAGACUUUCCACAAACAAGCAACAAAUGCAAAUCAACAGCAACAGCAACAGCAGCAACAAGCAGUGACACAGCGCAAUGAGAAACGGCACAUACAAUUUCACAUUGUGGGCUGCGCACAAAUUUGAACGGCCGGAACAACAACAAGUAUAUGUAAAAAUGAAAUUAGCGUUUGCAGCGUUAAAAAGUGCGGAAACGAAUUUAAAAACGGAAAAUGCAGGCAACAGGUUUUAAAUUUGAUUUUAUGCAAUUUGUAUAUAGUUAAAUAUAUAUACUUACAUACAUACAUAUAUGUAGAGUUAAGUAAAAAAUCGUAUAUUUCUUGGCAACAACGAUCAAAUUAAAUUUUAGCUUAAAAUUAGCGCCUAAAGGUUUUUUAACAAAAUUUAUCGACUUUGUGGUAUACUAUUAUUAUGUAAGUACUGUACUUCUAAUGAUUAUAUAAGUGCUUAAUAUAAGUAAAGUUUAAUUUUGUAGCGCACUUAAUUGCCUACAAAUAUAAGUGUUGCGAUUUUUUUUUGGAUAGUAGAUACUAGAUUAUGAAUUUUUAUUUUCUAACAUUGAAGAAAAUAUAUAAAACAAAGAAACGGAGCAAUUUCAUGCAUGGGUCGCCUUUUAUAGUAUUUCGGUAUUAGAGAACAAAAACAAAUAUUAAUCAACGAAAAUCGCUUUAUUUUCUAUAAACAUUUUUUAUAUUUUUUAUUUUUAUUCUUCAAAAUAUUCUACAUUUAGAUGCAUUCAAAGCACUUUUGCCACUUUGACUGAGGUAUAUCCAAAAAUAUGCCUCUUAAACACAUCAACCGCCACUUCAGGUGUCGAAAAACGUUGACCUAUUAGUUUAUUUCGAUUUGUACCGGUAUAAAAAAAGGAAAAGAAGGUUCGAUGCCAAGUUAAGGGGGUACUCUCAUGUGAACGCAUACAUUUUACCACUUUUUAGGACAUUUUUUUUUAUGCGACAAUUUUUUAAUAUAUUUUUAUUUGUAUUUUGAAAUGUACAAAAAAAAAAUUUUUUUCGUUUUUUACAUUUUUAAUAUAUUUUCCUUUUUAAACCAAAGUAGUCCCCAACAAAAAAAGUAGUUCACUAGUCAUGGUGAUAGCGGCUGUUCAUGUUGUCUGAAAUAAAAAAAAUAGAAUGGAUUAUUAUUCAGUAGCUCUGUGGCUAUCGUCCCUACCAAAUAUAAUCGAUUUCAUUAAAAAAAAAUGUCGUACUUCAAAAAAAGUCACGAAAAUCUUGUUUUGUUUUCGUUAAAAAUCGUAUAAAAAAAUGAAAAUAUUUUCAAAAAUAAACAAUUCUGAUAGGGACGAUAACUAUAUGUAAAUGAGUUGAAGAACAUAUGUAAAUUUUAAAGCAAUCAGUUGAACACUUUUUUUUAGGACCAUGACAGUUUCAGAAAAUGAUGAUUCGAGAAAAAUGGGUUAGAAACGUAGCAGCUGCAGACUUGUCAUGGCGCCUGGUAGACAGUCGCUUACGACACGUCGGCUACUAUGAGCUGUAACUUAUCAAAUACUAUGAAUAUCGUUCUAAAUUUUUCACAGCAUGUUUUCAAUAGGUUUUACUAUCAAAAUAUAAGAAAAAAAUAGAUUUUUUGAAGUGAUUACAUGAGAAUAUCCCCUUAAGAACAUUGUUGAAUAACUCGUCCAAUCCAUGUUUUACUUGCUCAAAUAUGCAGUUGUUUCAGUUGUUGUGUGAGAGUUUGCAUUGUCGCGGUGAAGAGCGAUCUGUCUUCAGCGGUUGAUUUUUCUGAUUUCUUGAAAGGCAACUGACAAACAAAUGGCUGUGUACCACUCACAAUUUAUGCUUCUGCGUUUUUUUAGUAGUAUGGUUGCGAUAUGUUCGCUUUUUCCAAAAACCAGACAACCAUUUGCUUGGAAGUUCUACGUUCACGAACAACUUUAAUUGGAUUCAGCUUGUUUUUGAAACACCCAUACUGUUCUCUGAUGUUUACUUUCGUACUAAUACGCGUAAAUCCAUGAUGUCUCACCUGUCGGGAUGUUGGAGCACCGCUGUCAUAUUUUUUUUAUCAUUUCUCUCGACGAAUCGACACGAGUAUAUUUUUGUUCGAUCGACAAAUUGUGUGGGAUCCAAACUGCACACAUUUUUUAUUACAGUCAAAUCUUACAAUAUCAGUUUGCACAAAGCAUCAAUAAUUUUCGAAACAACAACUGAUUUUUGACGACCUUUAUGAAAUUUUAAAAGUGAUCGCACGAAAAUACUUGCGAUUAAAUUCCAUUUUUUUUUUUAGCCAAGACGAAUAUUGUAAGUUACUGUAAACAACUCAACAAACGUAACUUGUAUGUCAAAACGUUCUGAAAUGUCAAACUUUACGAUAAAGUUAUGAAUGGCCAAACUGCAAUAUUGGGGUUGACAAAUCCCGAAAUAUGAAAAGCAACCUCUUUAACGUCUCUAUUAACCAAUUUCUCAGUGUAUAAAGUGAAAAAAAUAAUCAAUUAUUUUGAACUACCCUAAAAAAUAUACAUUUUAUACGAUAUAUAUUAUAUAUAAUAUAGAUUUGAAUAGUAAAUAAGUGUAUUAUGACAUAUUUAGAAGUAAUACAUAUUUAUGUAUUUACUAUCAUCGAAUUUUUAACUUUCUACCACAGCAUAGUUAUGUUUCUAUUUAUAAAAACAAUGUGUAUGUGUAUAUAUUUGUAUAUUGAUUAAUUGUAUAUAAGGUCAAGUAAGGUUUAACCUUUUAUUUUUGUUGUAUUUUAGGCGUAAAUAAGUAUUGGCAGUACCAUGUACAAAUAUUAUAUAAGUUCCAUCUCCAUCUCUAUAUAGUAUACACAUAUAAGAAGCACUGUAUUUUUGUAAAUGUCAGUAUGAGGUACAUACAUAUGUUAUUUUGAAUGUUGUCGCUUUGCUAGUCAUAGUUUUUAAACAUUUAAAGAAAAAAUGUCAUGUGUAGUAAAAUUAAUUAUAUAAAAUGUUAAUGAAAUAUUUAGUCUAAAAGAGCAUAUAAUAAGAUUUGGUUAAAAAAUUUAUAUUUGUGUAGUUAGACAGUGAAACGUCGAUAGCACAAACCGUACAGAACAACUUGAAGUUAAUUUUUUUUUAAUUUCAGAAUUAUAUAUUUUUUUCAGCAAUUUAUAUUGAAAUUUAAAAAAUAUCUGUUUAUCUUGAGCUUAAAUGUAAAGUGCUUCUUUGUCCCUUAACAUCGGUUGCACCUUCAAAAAUAUAAAAGAUUCCUUACAAUAACUGGAGUCGUUGGAUCAUUUUGUUUGGCAAAAAUAAAAUAAAAUUAAAUUAAAUUAAAUAAAUAAAAUUAAAAUAAAUUAGAUAAAAUAAACUAUAAAGAAUAUAAAAAAUAAUAAAAACUACAACUGAAUUAAAAUAAAUUGAAUACAAUUAAAUUAUGAAAUAAUUUAAAAUAAAAAUCGAAUGACAAAAUUAAAAAAUUUCUACCAAAAAAUGCACACACUUUAUUUUAAUUUUUUUCAAAAAAUUCUUUUAAUAACAAUAAAUUUGUACACAAUUUUUAUAAUUUUUUUCUCUAAAUUUUUUGAAGAAUUUCGACAAUUUUUAUAUAAUUUCAAUUAAAUUAAAAACUUAAGGGGUUACAUGAGUUUCCUCGAUCAAAAAAAAAGGCCUUUUUUCAACACUUUUUUUCUCAUAUAAUAAAUUAAAUAUUUUAUUAGAAUUUACUGUUACAAACAUACAUACAUUAAUAGCAGAGAAAUUCUGAAAUUUUUGAAAGAAAAAAUACUUUAAACUCGGCCAUUGCGACGCCAUUUCCGAACUUAGACGAAGAGAAAAUAAAAACUGAAAAUUGGAUUUUUGGCAGACAUUAUUACAAAAAAUUUGAAAAUUUCGCAAUUUUUUUUUUAAUUGUUGUAAUCGAAAAAAAAUCUUUUGUCCAACUCUUUAAGAAUUGUAGUUCUCGAGAAAUCUUGUCAACCGACUUCAAAAACACAGUUUCGGGCAAAAUGUGUUUAAA